AUGUCAACUUUAACAACUUAUUUAGUUAACAAUCCAUUAGAGCAAUUUGAAAUCUUUGAUUUUGUUUAUAUUUUAGCUCCAGUAUUUGGAUUCACUAAAUUAUCUUUCACUAAUAUUGGAUUUUACUUUUUCUUAGGUAUUUUCCUAGUAAUUGCGAUUAAUGUUUUAUCAACAAACAAUGGAUCUUUAAUCCCAUCUAGAUGGG